AUGUCUUGCUUGUGGCGCGUGAGCGAACGAGAGAGAGAGGAGCGGAGCCCCCGCGGAGAACUCGAGGUGAGGAGAAACCCCAACCCCGCCGCCGCCACGCCGGCGUCGGCGCCCACCCAGCCCACCUCCCUGCCGGGCAUGGCCGCGCCCCCACCCUCCCCCACCCCUCCCCGUCCCCCAUCCCCUCCCCGUCUCCUACCCCCCUCCCCAGCGGCGAGCCCGCGCGGACGCGAGGACCGAUGGCGCGGCGGCAGGGGCUCCGAUUCGGAGGACACCCCGGCCUCCUACCGCGAUGCGCUUGCCGGUGGGCGAGCGGCUUCCCGUGCCAAGGCGUCGGAGGCCUCGCGCGAGCGGAGGGAGGUCAGGUCGGCGGUCUCCCGUGAGGUUGGGCGCACGGCCAUCGACGAGCUCGACAACUCCGACGACCCGCUCGAGGAGGACGACGGCGCGCCGUGGGAGGAGCCCGCGCACGUUGUCACCGCGGCGGCAAGAAAGUGGCGGCAAGGGCAGCGCGUCAGGGACUCAGGGCACCGCGCCGCCGAUUGCACGAUCGGGCCGGUGUGCCUCCGGUGCGGCGCGUUCGGCCACAUGUCCAGGGAGUGCCAUCUGCCCCGCCCUCCGCGGCCACGCUCGCCCAUGGACGUCGACGAAGAACCAGCAAGGAAGCGAGUGUAUGUGGACGGGCGAGGUCGCCACGCGGAUGUUGGCGCCACCGGCCACCGUGCGCAUGCGCCGGUGGAGCUCCAGGCUGCCGUUGGGCCGCGUGCUGGGGCGCCGGCGUCGACGACCAUGGGUGAGAGGAGGUUGGCUGCGAUGACGCGCCGUGAAGAAGCUCCGUCCAGGAUGGCUGCGAUGACGCGCCAUGUUGAAGCUCCGUCCAGGGCUGCUAUUGCUCCGCCACGACACGACGACGCGCCGCCAAGGGCUGCCGCUGGGCGCCAGGCGGGGGCAGGUGCUCGCGCAGGAUGGGCAGGGCCCCGUGGCUGGCCGCGCGGUGGUUCCAGGCGUCCGUCGGCGGGGUCCGCACGGUGGCUCCCUGUCCUGCCGGAGGUGCUGCGCGCGGUGGAGGUUUCGCGCCCCCGUCGGGGCGCGGACGAGCAGGUGGUGCCGCUGGGGCUGCGGUCCGAACAACGCGCUACGGCGGACGGUGGCGAGCUCGCAACGCGCCCUGCUCGUGCGGUGUGCGUUCUGCCGCGCACGCCUGAGAUGGAUGAGGCUGAGGUGGCGCUGUCCAAGUCGUUUCUGGCGGUUAUCGUUGGAGUGCGCCGGGCGGUGACCACGGAGGAGGUGGCCAUGGCGCUUGAGACGGUGCAUGGCCUGGAGGCGGGUACCUUCUCCGUGCACUGCCACAAACCAGAGGACUUCUUGCUGUACUUCACGUCGCGGGAGGACCAUGAUCGAGUGUUGAGGGAUGAGGUGUUGGCAUCGCCUUACUUCCGGCUGCUGCUCCGCCCAUGGUCGAGAGGGACGCACGCUGCCUCCGGCGCACACGGAGGUGAAGAUUGA